UCAUUUCUAAAUCUUAUUAUUUUCAGAGUCAAAUGGCGUUAUCGCCAUGAUAUCUGGAGAUCAGCCCAUUGUUAGAACCGGCCUUGAUAUAACCUCUCCGUCAAUCAAAGGUGAACUCUAUCACAACAUAUCUAAAGUCUCCUUUCUUCAAUUAACAUGGCGUAAACCUACAUUCUUAGAAUCUGGGAAAUAUUUCUGUGGAGCACAUGUCAAGAUCUCGGAAAAAAAAAAGCGAUAGGUUAAAUAAAAUGUUAACUAUAAUUGUUGAAAGGCCCACGAUUGAAGAUUUGUUUAGAAGUGUGUUGGACUUAAAAACACUAUCAGAUGAACAGAACCAAAGUCUACAUGAAAACGAAAAAAAAUUGAAGAGCAUUGAAGAUGACUUUAAUAAGCAAGCAGACAAACUGAAGCAAAGUCUAAAUGAUAAUGAACAAAAAUUGAAGAGCAUUGAAGAAGACUUUAAUAAGCAAGCAGACAAACUGAAGCAAAGUCUAAAUGAUAAUGAACAAAUAUUGAAGAGCAUUGAAGAAGACUUUAAUAAGCUAGCAGACAAACAGAAGCAGAGUCUAAAUGAUAAUGAACAAAAGUUGAAGAGAAUUGAAGAAGACUUGAUAUCUAAUCAACAAAACCUAAGCAUCUUUAGAAAUGAAACGAAAAAGCUUGUGGCUGAACUUUCGAAUUCUCAAAUAGAAUGGAAAGGCCAGAUUGACAAAGCUUUGGACAAUCAAGUUUUAUUCAAUUCAAAUACAAAAGUCGUUCUAUGGCGAACUCUUCAGCAAGCCGCACACAUCUCUGAACUACAAACGGAAAACACCACAAUGAAACAGCUACAAAAUGUUUCGAAUUCUACCCUGAGUGCAUUGACAAACCUAGUCUUCAUAGCAACAACCCAAUACAAUGGUACGGUUUAUCUGUUAUCAAACGGAGGAUUAACUGAUAACAUCCGUUACGCUCAAACGAUUUGUGAAGUACUCAGAGGCUAUUUGGUGGAAGUCAACACCGAUGCUGAGUUUACAUUUCUCAGAAAUUUCUUACAGACCAUCACACCCCCGCUUGUGUUUGUUUACACUGGAGGGACGGAUGAAGACCUCGAAGGGGUUUGGAUCAACAGAUACAGCCAAACAUCCAUGAAACCAUUUUGGGCCCCUCUCGAACCGAGUUCUAGCAUAAAACAAAAUUGUCAGACAUUUUGGAAGAAGCAUGUUUGGUAUAUGGACGACCUUGAGUGCAGUUAUAAACCUAUUUCUGAAUCGGGAUUUAUGUGUGAGAUCUCAGAAUAAAGGACAAUAUCAAUAGUACAUACUCUUUUUAUUACCAAGAUUAAAUUCAUUUAAUCUCUCUGUCUGUCUGUAUGAUACAAGUUUAAAAAUAGUUUUUACACCUUUCCCCGACACCCAAUCUAUGAUCUAGUUGAAAUUUUGCAGGUUUUUUUUUUUACCUGACAAACAAGAAUCAGUAAAAAAAAAAAUAGUUUGUUAACUAUUGGUAAUUAUUUAUUUUCUUUUAUCUCUCGAACAAGAAAAAGAAAUAGUACUUGACUGAUUAAUGAUAUAAUUUGAAAAAGUCUCCCUUAUAUUAUAUAGAGAGAAAACUUCGAAAAUAUUAGUAGAUAACUAUAAAAAAAAUUCUAUUUUAAUAACAAUUACACUGGAACAGUUAAUAUAUCUCAUUAGUAACAAAAGGCUUCAGAUUCAGGUCGUUUAUCAUUUAUUUUUAUUUAUAUUUUUUUAAUAAAUAUAUAAAAACAUCUUUUCCUUGAUCCCCCCUUUCCUUUACCAUCAACCCACUUAAACUGGUCCAGACAACUGUUAGGAUCAUUGCAAAUUGAGAAAGCUAAAAUCAUGAAAUUGCGCUAAACAAAACAAUUGAUAAAAAUAGUGCUAAUCGCACAGAUUUCUUAUUGUUAGUCAAAUUUUACAAAUUUUAUUACAUGACUCACACAAAGUAAUUGAUACUAUUUCCAUUAACAUAAGCUUGCUUUUUUAAUCUUUACAUACAAAUUCUCAUAUAUCUUUCUUUUACAUUAGUCAAUGUCCUUUGUGAAGAUAGCAGCCAUUCUUUUUGUAGUGUCAAUUUGUUUGUCGAUCUAUUAAAAAUCAGAUUUCUUUA